AUGAUUGAGCAGCCGUCUAGUUCCACGAAAACCCUAAAUAACAAGAUCGAGAUCUUAUCUAUCAAUGAUAAAGAUCCAAAUGAUGCCGAGGGAGUGCAAAUUACUCCCAACGAACGUAUGGUAGUAAGUGAGGUAAUACAGAUAUGGAAACAUGAUCCUGCCACUGAAUCACUAGGAAUUGCUAAAUUACAUGUUCUUGUGAAGGCAGCCCAACCAAACUGGUCACUUUCUGAGAAAAGAUUGAAAACUUUGUUGAAAAAAUACGGGUUAUUGGCAAAUCAGCCCAAAUUCUGUUAUGUCAAUGAAAUCACUUCCAAGCCAACCCCUGGUUUGGAAUUACCACCUAAAAUCAAGUUGCAGACCGCGAAAAGCAAAGGGAAAGGGCUUUAUGCAUCACAAUUUAUCGCCAAAGGCGAGUUAAUUUGGGAAGAGAAACCAUUUAUUUUUGUCCCACCUUUGGACCAUGUUUAUUUAAUGAAAAUCGGGAAGAGUUGUGCCUACUGUGGCAAGUUGCUUCAAUCGAGAUUGUUUGAUUCUCAAAGCUUUCUUAAUGGUUUGGAUUGUAAAUAUUGUUCUCAAUUAUGGUGUUCCAAAGGCUGUAAAAAAUCUGACAGUUUACAUAUAAUUUUGAACCAUAAUGAGAAACUUCUGAAAUCGAAAAAUAAGUUGAAGCUUGAUUCCAGUAAAUGGCAAAAGUAUAAGGAAUUUUGUUUGGAGAAUCGCUGGAGUGCGGCAUUUGCUGUUGGUUUGAUUAGAAUACAUGAGUUGAGUGACGAAACCGGGAUUGUGGCUAAACAAUUUGAUGCAUUUGCUAAAAUUGGCCAAGAUAUAAGAUACAAAGCUUCAGAUUCGUCUGCCGGUGCCUUUGACAACUCGAAUGGUGGUGAUGGGGCAUUAUUUGUCAAAGAGCAACAAGAAUUGCUUUGGCAUAAAGGUCAUGAAUUAUUCAAUGAAAUUUUUGAUGUUGAAGGUGAGAAUCCAGACACCAUUUCUCAACACAAAAUUUCUUAUGAAGACUAUUUAUUGUACAUCGGUACUUACAAUAUCAACAAUAUCGAGUCUUUGUACUUGAUUCAAUCACAUUUGAAUCAUAACUGUGUCAAGAAUGUUGAUGUGAGAGUUGCUGAUAACACCCGCAAACUUUCUGAUGGUAUUAAAGUCUAUGCCGCCAGAAAUAUUAAGGCUGGUGAAGAAUUGGUCACAUCCUAUGUUAACCCUACUCAUAAUGUGAAUCAAAGAAAGAGAGAGCUUAGAGUAAAUUGGGGAUUUAACUGUUCUUGUAACCGAUGCAAAGAAGAAGAAAAAGAGACACACAGAUUGCAAUCUAAUAUUGGCAGUGAUCCAAAGAAAGCAAGCCCUAAUCCUAAUGAAAAAAAAGCCGAUGAGCUAACUGUCAAUGGCGACAAACCAUUGAAAUCUUCCCGUAAAAACUCGAUGAGAAAAAGCUCAGAUUUGAGUUCUAGAAAUGACAUUAAGAAAAUGUUGGAAGGGGCCAAAAAUGAUGGAGAAUUCGAGCUAGAAGAAGCAGAUGAUUCGUUAACAGUUAGAAGAAAGAGUGUUAGAUUUGAUGAGAAAGUUGUUGCUGUUGCUAACGAAUGA